AUUGCCCACCAGGCUCCUGCUUGCCCAGCAUCCUCUGCGCGGCCACACAGGAGCUGGGUGCUCCGGGGAGCCUGGCUACCAUGCCAUCUCCUCUCCCCCUCUCCUUCUUCCUCUUCCUUACCUUUGUAGUAGGCACACCCCAGAAGCAGUUACUGGUGGAGGUAGAAGAGGGAGGCAAUAUUGUGCUUCCGUGCCUCCCGAACUCAACUGUCUCUUCUGAGAAGCUGGCCUGGUAUAGAGGGAACCAGUCAACACCUUUCCUGGAGCUGAGCCUGGGGUCCCCAGGCCUGGGCCUGCACGUGGGGCCCCUGGGCAUCUUCCUAGUGAUUGUCAAUGUCUCGGACCAUAUGGGGGGCUUCUACCUGUGCCAGAGGAGACCUCCUUUCAAGAAUGCUUGGCAUCCUGCCUGGACAGUGAACGUGGAGGGUAGUGGGGAGCUGUUCCGGUUGAAUGCUUCAGACUUAGAAGACCUGGGCUGUGACUCGGGGAACAGGUCGUCGGGGAGCCACAGGCCUGCUUCUGGUUCCCUGCUGUAUGUGUGGGCUAAAGACCAUCCUGAGGUUAGGGGGACAGUGCCUGAAUGUCCUCCACGGAGACUCAGUCUGAAUCAGAGCCUAGUCAGCCGAGAUCUCACUGUGGCCCCUGGCUCCACACUUUGGCUGUCCUGUGACGUACCCCCUGUCCCAGUGGCAGGAGGUUCCUUCUCCUGGACCCAUGUGCAUCCCAAGAGGACUAAUGUUUCAUUACUGAGCCUAAGCCUUGGCGGAGAGCACCCAGUCAGAGAGAUGUGGGUUUGGGGGUCUCUUCUGUCCCUGUCCCAGGCCACAGUUUUAGAUGACGGUGGUACCUAUUAUUGUCUCCAAGGAAACCUGAUGGUGGAGAUGCAUGUGAAGGUCAUUGCAAGGUCAGUGUGGCUCUGGAUGAUGAGGACCGGUGGAUGGAAGGUCCCAGCUGUAACUUUAGUAUAUGUCACCUUCUGUAUGGUUUCUCUGGUGGCUUUUCUCUAUUUUCGAAAAGCCCUUAUCCUGAAGAGGAAAAGAAAGCGAAUGACAGACCCCACCAGAAGAUUCUUCAAAGUGACACCUCCCUCAGGAAACGGAACUCAGAACCAGUACGGGAAUGUGCUUUCCCUUCCUUCACCCACCUCCAGCCAGGCCCAUGCUCAGCGUUGGGCUGCUGGCCUAGGGAGUGUCUCUGGAUCCUAUGGAAACCCACGCAUUGAAGUCCAUGAUGCCGGAGCCCAGAGCCACGAGACAGAGCUGGAAGAAGGGGAAGCCUAUGAAGAGCCGGACAGCGAGGAGGGCUCUGAGUUCUAUGAGAAUGACUCCAACCUUGGGCAGGACCAGCUUUCCCAGGAUGGUAGUGGCUAUGAGAACCCUGAGAAUGACCCCACAGGUCCAGAGGAGGAAGACUCCUUCUCCAGUGCUGAGUCUUAUGAAAACGCAGAUGAGGAUCUGGCCCAACCAGUUGGCAAGACGAUGGACUUCCUGAGCCCCCAUGGGUCUGCGUGGGACCCUAGCCGGGAAGCAUCCUCACUUGGGUCCCAGUCCUAUGAGGAUAUGAGAGGGAUCCUGUAUGCGGCUCCUCAGCUCCGACCAGUCCGAUCUGGCCCCAGUCAUGAGGAAGAUGCAGACUCUUAUGAAAACAUGAAUAAGUCUGAUGACCCAGAGCCACCAUGGGGAGGAGAGGACCACAUGGAGGCUUGGUGUACUAAGUGACUCCCAAGUGACUAGGAUCGACUGCCCAGGAGUGGCACUGCCGACAGUGGGCUGGGCCCUCUCAUGGUCAGUAAUCAAGAAAAUGCUCCCCAGACCAUCCUGACGGAGACAUCUUCUCAACAGAGUCCCUCUUCCCAAAUGACUCUUUGUGUCAAGGCGACAAAACAAACAACAACAACAAAACUAACCAGCACACAUGUACCCAUCCUGGUCUUAAACUUAGAGGCUCAAGUGAUCCCCUCGCCUCAUGACUAGUUGGAACUACAAUUGAAUGCCCAU